GCUAGUAUGAAGACGGCAGUCUGACCGCAUAUUAUUAUGGAGCGACUGCGCACAGCAGACACCUCGAAACACUCAAUUUACACUGAUAUCACUGUACCGCUCGCUCAACUUACAUCUAAAGACUGAAUGCGACAGCAGACCGCAUCGAGAAAGUCUUUAUUUACACCAGUCGCUCCGCGAAAGAAGAAACUCGCAAGUGCGCGAGAAUAUUACAAGCCUCUUCCGUCUCGCGCAGCCCCUGGAAAAAUUAUGACUUUCUGCACGCAAAUCCCACCAAAAACACCAGAGACUUUCUCAACCAUGCUCGCACGGUAUGCUUAUUCCUUCUAACAUGGAUAUACAUGCUUAAAUCCUCUCAUAUAGCCUUGGAUUUCUCUGCUGGGAACAGAAAGUGGGCGUUUUUCCACAUUCAAGCACUGGAGGAGUGCUGCAACUUGUAGUUUCAAGUGCAGUAAGUUGAUUUUAAGGAAAGUGUGUCAUUUUAUCAUACAUUUAUUCAUUUUAGAGAUUAAGAACAUCAGCUGCUGCAUAUUAAGCCCUUUGGCACUGAUGAAGGUGAUGAUGAUGAUGAUGAAGAUGCGCCUGGACUAGUCAGUGCACACACAGACACUGGGGUAAUUUAGCGACACAGAGGUCGAUAUGGCACAGCAGAGUGUGUAUGAUAACCGCAGUAUAGUGGUGAAGUACAUCCACCAUAAGCUAUGGAAGAAGGGAUAUGUUUGGGAAGCGAAUGCCCAUGAUGACAGUGUCUCCAACGGACUGAGGUCGGGGAUGCAGGAGGACAUGCGUCACGACCCGUGCAGCGCUCUUCAUAAGGUGUUACGGGAGGCCGGGGACGAGCUGGAGCGCUUAUAUCAGUCGGACUUUGCGGAGAUGUCCAAGCAGCUGCAUCUCACGUCCCUCACGGCGCACCAGCGCUUCACCGCAGUCAUAGACGAGCUGUUCAGGGACGGCGUGAACUGGGGCAGAAUUAUCGCGUUUUUCGAAUUUGGAGGGACCGUUUGUGUAGAAUGUGUGAAUAAGGAGAUGACGGCGCAGGUGGACAACAUUGCGGGCUGGAUGACAGAGUAUCUGAACGGCCCGCUGUACGCCUGGAUCCAGGAGAACGGCGGCUGGAUGAACGUGGUACCUUCAGGCGUUUGGAAAUUGCUCCCAAGGAUGAACCAGACUUGCGGAGGUCCACGAUUUUUUUUUCUGAGGUCUUGGCUCAUUUCUUUUGAUUUUCCCAUGAUGUCAAGCAAAGAGGCACUGAGUUUGAAGGCGGCGUUCGUGGAACUCUACGGCAGACAGAGGGACUCGGUCUUCCGCAGCUCCUGGUCAUCAAUAGUAACAGUCUUUGGUCUAGCUGCUCUCGGGGCCGUUGGCUUGACCAUAGGGGCCUAUCUUACACAGAAAUGAGGAACCUUCCCUUUCUAUAGUCAUUUGCCCUCUCUCUCAUCCAGUCUCUUCUCUGUCUACUCCCCCUCCUCCUGUUUUCCCAGAAGACAUCCAUAUCCCAGGACUGCUCCUUUUUAAAGCUUCUCUCCUACUCCCUCACAGUCUUCUCUGCCCUCAAACACAAAGACAGAAACAGCAGGAAAUAAACAUGCUGCCCACAUAUCAUGAGAGGACAGACACAGAAGAGGAAAAAUAAGGUGAAAGAGGCAGCAACAUUGGCAGAAUUAUUUCAGAUCUCAAACGGAUUGGUCACAUACUAUUUUUGUCAUUUACAAUUUUUAGUGUAGCACUCAUCGAACCUUCGUGUACUUGGAUAAAAAUAAAGAGGAUGGAAAAGUACAAGGGAUCAGAGAAACAUCUUGGAGCAUGGUGGAGAUUUUGAAGGAGGUCUGUGGUGAUUGAAAGUUUAGUUUGGAAGCUAAAACCUAAUAAAACCAGCCCUCCCCAAAUGUCACUUAAUAAUCAGGUUGCUUGUUAGAGAUGCAACUUACCACACUACUAUUGAUCUGAUGUUUGUAACAUUGGUCUUAAUUAACCCUUAUUUAAACUUUAGGUCUUUUAACCAUUGGUCUUUCAGGAUAAUGUUUCUUAUAGUAUAAGAAAGAACUUAAAGAUGUCAUGAUAUGGCUUGACAAAGUGGUUUUCUGUCCUGUAUUCAUGUGUUUCCUAGAGUAACAGGAAGUUUGGUUGUGAUAUAUUGAAGGGCUUGCCAAUAGGUUUUAAUUUGUUUUGCUAUACAUGAUUUGCUACUUGUUAGUUGGUUGCAGGUGGGAUCUCUCAUUCUAGAGAGAAUGUGAUUGGACAAAAAUCUCUGAUGAAUCAUUAAUAUUUUUGGUCUGUUGUCCUAAAAGAGGAAAACUGUUUUAAAUGCUUAGUUUGUUUUAUGUGCAUAUAGAUGAACUCACAGCUACCAGACAUGGACUACAUGAUUUUAUUGUGAUUUCAUUGGCUUUUUAAAGGAUUUUGAUAAGGAAGAGCGAAAUGCAGAGAAGAUGGAAUGAAUGUCUUGUAUUGCGCUCAGCUUUCUGAUUUAAGAGAGUUAUUUUGAAGUGCCUAGGGGCAGAAAGUAAGGAAAGAGGCCCUUGAUAUCUUAGAAUAGCUCCACAGGUACAACGGUGUCAGUCUGAAGGCUUUUCGAACCUGUCCAGCAUACAGUAUGCAGAUGUCAUACUACACUUUUUAAUACACUAGCUACACUCGUGUCCACUAUAGUGUUCAUCCAUGCACCUACAGAAGCAGUUGUCCUGACUUAAGAUCUGGAUAUUUUAUUAGUAUUAUCACAUUACUUACAAAGCAUCAUGUUCAGGGAUCAAGUGAAUCCGAACAAAUGGAAAUAUGGAAAGGAAAUCCAUUCUGUAUUCCUUGGAUAUGGUGUUUACAUUUCCCUGGUAUCUGUUUCCAAAACAGCAUCCUUAAACAAAAUCCUGCCACAUGAUUAAAGGAUCGGGAGGCAGGAAAUGAAACAUUUUAGUGCAAAACCUAUUGACAUGAGCAACUGUAUACAGUGUGUGCCAUAGAGCCAGCUUUAGUGCAUUGCAUUUGCACUGGUCACUUCAGAAUUCACACAGAACCAAAAUGAAACUUCAGAAACAUCAGAGGGACUUGCAAUGUUCCUCGAUGGUGAGGGUUAAUAAAUGUUUGCUCAGACUGAUCCAUUCAGAUCAUCAUUAACAGACAGUGGCAUCAUAUAGGGUGCUAACAAACAUAAAAAAAAUGGAUGCUCUCGGUUCUGCUUUGAUCUUACAUCUGUAACCAGUCAUUGUUCCUUGUUAUCCGUUCUUUAUGGAUGUAUGUUCAUGUUAGAAUGUGACAAAUACAUAUACAGUAUUUUAAUCAGUGGUUUAUGGAUGAAUUUGGAAAUCAACCUUGUCCAGCAAAGCAGAUGAACUGGCUUGUUGGCUGUACAUGUAUUGCCGUGUGUCUGUACUGUAUGUAUUGAUAAGAUCAACAAAAUGAUCAACAACAGAAAGCUUUAUGUAAAACAAGUUAGCUUUUAAAAUUAACAGUUUGUCUGGUUACAAUAGUGUCAUAAAUGAAUGCUGUUUGUCUAGUUUACAGCUACGAAUCUCUCUGACACUAACAUUUGCUAAAAUGUUUAUAAUACAGAUAGCUUUUUCAUUCUAAUUUCAUUUUUAUUUAUUUUAGGUACCAAUCAUUAAACUAGUUUCAAGAGAUCAUAUAGCGAUUUUUUCAUUUUAAAGUUUUAAGCUUCUCUGUAAGAGUUGGAGCACAUAUUAGAUCCUAAUUUGCUGAAUAAGUGCUGCUUAAAAAUGUAAAGAUUUUAAAAUAUGUAAAUCAGUGUAAUUGCCUGCUAGAUGUGUGGAGAUGUAAUGAAUAUUCAUACUUCAAUUAAUCUUGUCACUUCCACUCUUACUGUAGCAGUAUGGCACACCAUAUAUAUAUUAUUAUUUUUGUUAUUUUUUUUGUCAUCAUAUAACAUCUUACAUCCUAACUGGAGACCACUAAAAUGUAUUCUAGUGUUGUAUUUUCACUAGUGAUAAAACCAUUUUAACAUGUCAAAAUGAAAUUUUAAUGACAACGGGAAUUCUACAAGGACUUCUGAUGUUUGAGGCUUAACUUUUGACCUUAAAACAUAAAGUACAGAAGUAAUAAUGCUAAAAUAAGUAUGCAAAUACGUUUAUCAUCAUUAUACUUAGUCUCUUUGCUGUUGUAUGGACACAUGCUCCAUCUGUAGCUUCUGUCAAAGAGGUUCAUUAUGGGAUUUAGGUGGUGCUACUAAAAUCCAGCUGUUUUAUUUUGAGCAUAACUGUAUGACUUAACAUGUUUUAUUUCUUUAGAGAAUUAUGUUUAAAUUUUGUCCAUUAAAUUCAUCUGUUAAUGUCUACUAAGUAAUUCAGCUUUGACUUGUCUUAUCUUCACUCAAGGUUGUGUUAAAAAAAAUGGCAUGUUAAAAUUGAGCUUUUGCUUGAGAAAAUAUGUCUUAUGAAAUGUCUUUUAGUUUGAUGUUUGAAAAUCUAUUUAAUAUAUAUAUAUAUAUAUAUAUAUAUAUAUAUAUACAUACAUACAGUAUAUAUGCUGUAUAGAUGGACUUUUCUUUGCACUAUUAUAUUUGAGUGCUUUGACGAAAGAUAUAUUAGUCUUUUAAAGAAUGCAUCAUUCAUUAGACUGUAUUUAACAUUGGGUGACAUUUCAUGAGCACUCUCUAAAGUCAACAUGAAAUGCCGUUUCAAUCCAUUUUAUUUCCGUAAUGUGACGGAAGUGUGUCAAACUGGUUCCCUUUCAAGUGGGUCACUUCGAUGCUGCAUCAGUUGCUGAUGCUAUGGGAAACUCCGCCCAGGAGUAACGAUCUCUUUAAAAUCAUGGCAAUUUAUUGGCAGAUAGAGCUUGAUGCUUCGCCCCCAUUGUGCGCAUCGCCACGAGCAUCUAAUUCAUCAGCACUAUUUCAUCAGAAUUUUCUUCUUCAGGGUCGCAUUUUUCUGCUCUGAAUGCCUGAAUCUUCGCUUCCUCUUUGAUAUUGCACAUCUUUAAAGCGAGUGAAUUAUUUUAUUAUUCCCUGUUGUUCUCCGACAAACAACGUAUCCGUUUAACACUUCCGUGUUUGAUAUUGUGCAUUAUGUUGUAUUGUGUGUGUUCUUUCAGUGAAAAAACAAAAGAGCCUUUUGCUUAACAAUGUCUUUAUAAAGAUGACGUUUUGCAAAUGAAUCCAUAACCACAUGAAAAAACAAGCAAUAUAUCCCUCUAAAUGAUGGGCAUGAGUGCUGUUUAAAUAGGCGGCGCUCGUUGAGAAUGAUUGUGUUCAAUGCAAAAGCUCAUUGAGAAUGAUUGUGUUCAUUUUGUUCUGAAAGCUGAAGCCGCUCCACUCUACUCCCACUAUACUCCUUAUGAGAGAGGUGCACGAGGACGAGAUAUAGAACACAGAGAGUUUGAGGAUGAUUUGUCGCCGGCUUCAGCCUCCAUCUCAAACAGCUUCGGCCGGGAAGCUCUGUGCAACGGUCUUCCAGCCUUCGGCAACAGGAAAGGCACAUAAAUCGCCUGGAGCUGCUUGCAGUCUUUCUAGCCCUCAGAGCUUCCUAAUGCUCAGACAACACUGCAGUUGUGGCGAACACGAACCACUAGGUGGGAAUGCGGUCGCGCCAAAUGUUGAAACUGCCACGCCAACUACUUCUCUGGUGCGAGAGACAUCUCCUGUUGAUACGUGUGAUCCACAUCCCCGGUAAACAUGAACAGCAGCACAGUUUUGCUCUCGUGUCAGGAUGUCAUAUAGGGGGAAUGGAGACUUCACUUUGCUAGGCUUGGAUGCCCUAGCUUACUAAUGGCCAGUGAAACGCAAGUAUGAGUUUCCUCUCUUUCAUAUGCUUUACCAGGUGUUGUGCAAAGUUCAGGAAGACAGGGAAACCGUGCUGUCUGUUGUGAUGGAGUAGCCCAACCCGCCUUGCUAGCUGGCAGAGCUGUUGGCUCCCCGGCUGUGACCCUCUCACCCCGCUACUGUCCUGAUCUGGGACUUAACGCUUAUACUAAAUUACUAAAUGCGCUUACAUGUUCCCCGUUCGUGCCACUUGAUGCAGUAAGCUUGCGCGUUCUCUCUUUGAAGACCGUGCUGUUACCAUUUGACUUCAGACAAACGUAUUGGGGACCUUUAGGACUUAUCGUUCAAUGAAUCUUGCUUAUAGUUUGGACGGGGCUUUUCAAAAGCUGUUCUCAAAGCCUAGGUUAUGUGCCCAAAGUUUUGGCCACUCCCUUCAAGGUUCAGGUUGUUACUUUAUAAGCUUUCCUUCUUUGUUUGUAUUGGACGAGGUGCAGAAACAGCACAUACUCUGUCCUGUUAGGACGCUACGCAUGUAAGUUGACUGUAUGAGUCAAUUUAGGCUGACGGAUCAGCUUUUUGUCUGCUGUGGAGGAUGUUCAAUAGGUUUGGCUGUCUCCAAGCAAAGACUUUCUCACUGGGUUGUCGACUCUGUUGCGUUUGCUUAUGAUUUGCAAGGCGUGUAAUCUCCCAUUGGUGUUAAGGCUCACUCUACCAGGAGAAUGGCCUCCUAGACUUGGGCUAAGGGUGUGCAGGUUGGGCUUCCACUAACACCUUUGCCAGGUUUUAUAACUUGGAUGUCUCUUCCCUCUCUUUCCAGGUCUUUACUGCGAAGGAGGUUUGAUUUCCCAAUGUUCACUAGCUAGUGCAUUGUAUUUUGACUAUCGGUCUCAUGACAAUGUCAUUCUUGGCUCUUUCCAGCUUGAAGAGUAAUGUUUAAUGUCCUACUAUCCUGUUGGAUAGUAGCUUAUGUUAAUUUGUCAGACCGCUUGACCAUUUUCCCCACCAUUGUGUGGAUUUCUUCAGUUGCACAGAGCUUCACUAUUCGGUUUGGCUUGUGUCAUUGUGGUAUUCUCUGCCUUAAAUGGCUGAAUUCUAUCUCUCUUUCUAUUUGUCAAUAUGAAAGGGAAACUUUGUCAAUACCUUUUAACUACCCUACUGGUUAGUAAGCAUUGCAUGUGCAUGUGGAUCAGUAGCAUCGUGUGAUGGUAUACUAUAUCCACAGCAUCAGCAACUGACGCAGUGUCGAAGUGACUGACUUGAAAGGGAUCGGUAUGGUUACGACUGUAACACUUGUUCCCUUAAAGGAGGGAACAAGAUGCUCCAUUUGCAUGCUGCACUACUGAUUUCUUGCUGUUAAGGGUUCGAGAGAUGUGCUGUCUUCCCUUCAGUCGAAAAUCCUGGUGAAAUGGCACUGUGCUCCGGUUUAUUUGCUCACUGUGACACGCGCAUCGGGUGGAGCAUUAAGCGCUAUCUGCCAAUACAUAGGUGUGAUUUUAAAGGGCUUCAUAUAUCGUCACUCAGCAACUGACACAGCAUCUUGUACCCUCCUUUCAGGGAACCAGGGUUACAGUUUUAACCAUACUGAUUUUCAAGGGGAGGGGUCAGUGUCCACUAAAAAGUAAAGUUGCUUCAAAAGCAGAGCACAUUAUAACAUUUUGAUGAAAGACUGCAAAGACAAAUAUAUCUGUAGAAUUUUGAAUAAAACAAUUGGAUUAGAAAGAACAUAGUUUAAGAAAGUAAAUAGUCCAUUUUGAUUUCUUGUUGACUUUAAACAUUAAAAAGUUGAAAAGGACAACAACAUAAACUUUCACAAUGUACAGUAUACACAAAAUAUGUGUCUGAAUGAUCCUGUAUUGCAGUGUUGUUACACCUGGAGCAGUUUCACGUUUCAAGAAAAGCUGCUAUAUGUCAUAGCAAUGCACAGCAUACACACACACUGUGCUCACCGUUCUCUUGUGUAUGAUCGUUUCACUGCUUGAAUAAGCAACUAGAGUCCUUCUGUUCCUGCCAAAAAAUUAAGAUUCAAUAAAACAAAUUUAAGACCA